AACCAAGAGCUCAAACUAUUACACUGCCAAAAAAAGCAGCCAAAGCCAUGGAAUUAGAAACUCCCCAAAAUAAUACUAAUUCCCAAAGCAAGAACACCCUCAAAGCCAAAACAUGGGACGAGUCGAAGAAGAUGUGGGAGAUCGCCGCGCCGGCCAUCAUCGCCACGGUGGCCCAGUUCUCCAUCGGCGUCGUCACCGUGGCCUUCGUGGGCCACCUCGGCGAGCUCGAGCUGGCCGCCGUCUCCAUCGUCCAGAACGUCCUCGAGGGUUUCGUCUACGGCAUAAUGCUAGGAAUGGGAAGCGCCCUGGAGACGCUGUGCGGCCAGGCCGUGGGCGGCGGCCAAUACGAGAUGCUCGGAAUCUACCUUCAGAGAUCUUGCAUCAUCACCCUCGUCACGGCAAUAUUCCUAUCGCCGAUUUACGUAUAUACUUCACCGAUUUUGAAGCUGCUGAGGCAGAAGAAGGAGAUCGCGGAGAUGGCGGGGAAGUUCGCGCGGUGGGUGAUCCCGCAGCUGUUCGCGUACGCGGUGAAUUUCCCGGUGCAGAAGUAUCUGCAGGCGCAGAGCAAGAUAUGGGUGAUGACGGUGAUAUCGGUGUUGGGGCUGGGGUUCCACGCGGUGCUGAAUUGGGUGCUGAUCACGAGGCUCGGGAUGGGGCUGGCGGGGGCGGCGAUUGCGGAGAAUGUGACGUGGUGGGUGGUGGUGUUGGCGCAGGUGGGUUAUGUUUUGUGCGGUUGUUUUAAGGAGUCGUGGACCGGGUUUUCGGUGGCGGCGUUUAAGUCGCUGCUGGGGUUUGUUAAGCUGUCGCUGGCCUCGGCUGUUAUGUUGUGCUUGGAAUUGUGGUAUUACACCAUUGUCAUUCUGAUGGUUGGGUGGUUGAAGAAUCCUGAGAUUGCGGUCGAUGCUAUAUCUAUCUGCAUGAAUGUGGAGCUUUGGAUAUUGAUGAUCACUCUGGGUUUCAAUGCUGCAAUAAGUGUUCGUGUUUCAAAUGAACUGGGAGCUAAUAAUCCGAAAGCUGCGAAAUUUGCUGUGAUAGUAGCUGUGGUUACAUCAACAAUAUUUGGCAUUAUAUUCACAAUUGCAGUUAUUGCAACCCAAGACAUCUUCCCCAAAUUAUUUUCUAGCCAUAAGGAAGUCAUAAGUGAGACAUCCAAAUUGGCCUAUUUUUUGGCAGCAACCAUUUUCCUCAACAGCAUCCAGCCAAUUUUACAUGGGGUGGCAGUUGGGGCCGGGUGGCAGGUCUCGGUUGCUAUGAUAAACGUAGCUUGCUACUAUGUCUUCGGCCUUCCAUUUGGUGCAUUGCUUGGCUACAAACUCGGCCUUGGUGUCAAAGGGAUUUGGAUCGGGAUGAUAGCCGGUUGCUUGCUUCAGACCGUGGUAUUGUCACUAAAUGUGCUUCGGACUAAUUGGGCUAGAGAGGCUUUGCAAGCGGAUGAGAGAAUUAAGUCUCAAGCCACCUCAAAUUUGGCUCAGAAUGGGAAUGUGGGAAAUGGAAUGACCACACACAGUCAAGAACCUUAAUUAAUGAUUUGAACAUUUAUUUUUGGGUUAUUUAUAAUAUUUUAAUUAAUCAUAUAGUAGCAUAGGUUAGAAUCUAUAGUGAGGAAUUUUAUUCUCUAGUAUAGUGAUAUUUUGACAAGGUGUGUAAUUGGGGGAGAGAAUUGAGCCGAUUAAGUGGUGAAUUAAUUCGGACAUAUUAAUAAAGGCAAUACAGAAAAUGGAG